CAGUAGAAACAUAUAUGGCUGAUGAUGAUGAUGAUGAUGAAGACUGAUUUUAUAAUUUGUUGAGCGUUGAGCUCAGCCACUGAAGUUAUCCAGUCAAAAUACUCGGAGGAUAUUACAGAACUAUUAUUGAACCAAAUAAACUUGCCCUUUAUAGCGUUCUAGUGGUACUGCCACGGGGGAUUCACAAGCACAUUAUUCUUGAUCGCACGCUUUUGUUAAUUUUAAGCACUUUUUAAAGUAGCGAGUUGCCAUUUUUAAGAAAAUAAGGUGGCAACUCUUAUCUAAUUUGGGUUUUUGAUUUUACAAAUUACAAAUCAUUUUGAAUUUACAAAAGCGUAAUUUCAAUUGUUUUUAUAUUCACUUUUAAUAUUAAGCCAUGUUUUACAUAACAUAAUUAUUAAUUUACAAUAAACCAAAAAGUUCACUAAAAUCACCUAUUAAUCUAAAAACUGAUACAUAGAUAAAGCAGUUUAACUGAUAUGUAUUCCAAAUACCAAUUACCAAGUAUGUAGUUAUCAUCAGUUAUGUAAGGCAUAAAUAUAAUAACUGAGAUGUAAGGUUAGGUUGUAUUUUUUUAAGCAAUCGUAACUUUAUUGUAAAUAAGAAAUAUUGUAAUUUAAUGAUCACUGUUGAUCAUAAUUGGCUUGAUUUAAUUUAUCUCACUCUCAUUCGAAUAUACGCAAAUAAAUUUUUUCUUUUUCUUACAAUAUUUUAUUAUCAUUAUUUUUAAAAAUUAUAUUUAAUAAUACUCCACAUAGCUAUGGCUAAAUGUACAUUUGAACAUGUGCUUAAAAUAUUUCAUAGCAGCAUCACACCGGUUCUACCCGAAAACUUCAUUAGGAAAGCUAUAAAUUACAAUUUAGCCACAGAACAACUUAAAAUUUUUAGCUACAACUAUCCGUUGAAAAAUAAAAAUUUGUAUGUAGUGGGAGCUGGAAAAGCUGUAAAAAAUAUGGCUUUAGAAGUGGAAAAAAUAUUUGGGACUAAAAUAAAAAGUGGUAUUAUCAGCAUACCAGUUGGCAGUAAAAAUAUUGAUACUAGUAAAACACUUCUAACAUAUUUGGAGGGUGCUAAAAAUAAUUUACCAGACAAAGAAGCAGAAUAUGCAAGCAUACAAAUAAAAACUCUGGUCACAAGUCUCACCGAAAAUGAUUUCCUCUUAGUAUUAAUAUCUGGUGGCGGAUCAGCUCUGCUCCCAUUGCCUAAGAAACCAAUUACUUUAGAAGAGAAAACCAAAUUAACAAAAAAGUUAGCUUAUGCAGGUGCGGAUAUUAAAGAAUUAAAUACUGUCAGAAAAAGGAUAUCAGAUAUGAAAGGGGGGCAGUUAGCGAGACAAGCUCAACCAGCUCAAGUUGCAACUUUAAUAUUAUCAGAUAUUGUAAAUGAUCCCCUAGAUCUUAUUGCAAGUGGGCCUACUGUGGAAAAUGAGGACCCAAUAACAGCAGCUCUGGAUGUCAUACAUAAAUAUAAUUUAUAUGACGAACUUCCUGUCUCUAUUAGACAGGUUUUAGAAACAGAUGAAGAUAGUCCUACUUUUCCACAUAAUAAAGUACACAAUUAUAUUAUUGGUUCAAACAAAUUAAGUAUAGAAUCAGCAAAAUUACAAGCAAAGAAUUUAGGCUAUAUUAGCUUAGAACUUUCACAUACAAUAACAGGGAAUGUAAAACAUGUGGCUAAGGAAUAUCUUAAUAUGACUACACUGUUCUGUGAUUUUAUGAAUAAGAAAAUAGAUUUCCAAUCUCUGAAGACUGGACUUGACACAAUCAAUUUACCUGUGACAUAUGAUAAUGCAGUUCAGCUAGAUGCCCUUAAUUUUAAUGAAGGCAUCUGCCUCAUACUUGGUGGGGAAACAACUGUGGAAGUUCACGGAUCAGGUAUAGGUGGAAGAAAUCAACAAUUGGCUUUGGAAUUUUCAUUAUUAUUACACAACAAUAAGUGUAACCUAGACGCUGAUGUAUUUUUCUUAAGUGCCGGCACAGAUGGUAUUGAUGGGCCCACAGAUGCUGCAGGGGCAAUAGCAUAUAUUAAUUUAGUCACAGAUGCUAAACAACAAAAUCUAGAUGUUGGUACCUACUUAAAAAACAAUGACUCUUAUACAUUUUAUAAACAAUUCAAAAAUAGAGAAUUACAUGUUAUCACAGGGCACACAAACACAAAUGUUAUGGAUAUCCAUUUAAUUCUUAUAAAAAAGCAAUAAUUUGUAUAUAUCAUAUAUAUUUAUAUUUGUU